AUGGGAGAGGCCUGCGUCUCUCUACAAUGGGAGAGGCCUGUAUCUCUCUACAAUGGAAGAGGCAUGUGUCUCUAUACAAUGGGAGAGGCCUGUGUCUCUUUACAAUGGGAGAGGUCUGUGUCUCUCUACAAUGGGAGAGGUCUGUGUCUCCCUACAAUGGGAGAGGUCUGUGUCUCCCUACAAUGGGAGAGGCCCGUGUCUCUCUACAAUGGAAGAAGCCUGUGUCUCCCUACAAUGGGAGAGGCCUGUGUCGCUCUACAAUGGGAGAUGCCUGUGUCUCUCUACAAUGGGAGAGGCCUGUGUCGCUUACAAUGGGAGAUCCCUGUGUCUCUCUACAAUGGGAGAGGCCUGUGUCGCUCUACAAUGGGAGAGGCCUGUGUCUCUCUACAGUGGGAGAACCUGUGUCUCUCUACAAUGGGAGAGGCCUGUGUCUCUCUACAAUGGGAGAGGCCUGUGUCUCUCUACAAUGGGAGAGAGAGCCUGUGUCUCUCUACAAUGGGAGAGGCCUGUAUCUCUCUACAAUGGGAGAGGCCUGUGUCUCUCUACAAUGGGAGAGUCUGUGUCUCUCUACAAUGGGAGAGGCCUGUGUCUCUCUACAAUGGGAGAGGCCUGUGUCUCUCUACAGUGGGAGAGGCCUGUGUCUCUCUACAAUGGGAGAGGCCUGUAUCUCUCUACAAUGGGAGAGGUCUGUGUCUCUCUACAAUGGGAGAGGCCUGUGUCUCUCUACAAUGGGAGAGGCCUGUGUCUCUCUACAAUGGGAGAGGCCUGUGUCUCUCUACAAUGGGAGAGGCCUGUGUCUCUACAAUGGGAGAGGCCUGUGUCUCUCUACAAUGGGAGAGGUCUGUGUCUCCUACAAAGACCUGUGUCUCCCUACAAUGGGAGAGGCCCGUGUCUCUCUACAAUGGAAGAGGCCUGUGUCUCCCUACAAUGGGAGAGGCCUGUGUCUCUCUACAAUGGGAGAGGUCUGUGUCUCUCUACAUGGGAGAGGCCUUCCCUACAUGGGAGAGGCCUGUCUCUCAGAAGCCCGUGUCUCUACAAUGA